AGAAGCACAGAAACAGAGCCGUCGUGGGAAUCCGUCAUCGUGUGAAAAUCUCUGAAAGCAUCAGACUUUGCAGAGAGAGAGAGAGACCUUAAAAAACAAUGGAGAAGAAAGGGGAAAACGAAGAGGAACCAAACUGGAGCGAGCGAGUGGAGGAUCUCGUCGCAUCCGGUGACGUCACGGCGGCGAUCUCGUUUCUCGAGUCUUUGACGGCCAAUCUCCACUCGCGCCUCUCUUCUUCAUCCUCAAGAACGGAGUUGGGGCUUCAGUUAGCAGCCGCUCUGACCCAACUGGCGAAUCUCUACUCUUCUCAGGGACUCUCCCUCAAAUCAGACGAGCUCCUCGCUCGCUCUUCCCUCGUAAAGCAACGAGCUUUAGAUUCCGAUCUUGCCGCCUCUUCAAGAGGUUCCUGUGAUGCAGAGAAUCAAGCCGCUCCGGAGUCUAGUGGUUCCAAUGUCGAUGGUUGCCCCUUGAACCCCACAAAAGCUGAGUCUUCAGAUGAUGAUUGGGAAGCCCUUGCGGAUCGUGAGCCGAGUACGUUACUCUCUGCGGAAGAGUUGCCUCAGAUAUCAAAGCUUUCGGUUGAAGAACCUAAAGUGGAAGGACCUAAGAGGCGUGGAAGGGGGACUUUUACGUAUAACAAGGAUGUGAUGUACAGUGAGUCGAGGUUUGAAGAAGAUUCUAAAGACAACGAUGUGGCUCGUGGUGGUGGCUCAGAGAAGACUGAUGAAUCACUGAAAGCCAAGUAUGGCACACGGCAUGUACUUGUGCUUGCUGAUUUCUCUCCGAAUUUGAGGACUACUGAUCUGGAGAGGCUUUUUGUAGACUUCAAAGACAGUGGAUUCCUCAUUCGUUGGGUUAAUGAUACAACAGCACUUGCAGUCUUCAAAACUCCUUCCACUGCUCUAGAGGCUUGCAAAAGAGUUCAGUGUUCAUUCACUAUACGUGUUCUUGAAGAUCAAGAUUCUCUUUUGGGCUCAAUAUCUGGAAAAGAUUUGGAACCACCGUCUCAGAGACCAAAGACAUCAGCGAGAACAGCGCAACGGUUGAUAGCUCACAGCAUGGGAUUGAAGCUACCGGCUUCUGGAUUCGGGUCUAAAGAGCUACGGGAUCAAGAAGCUGCCCGGAAAAGCCGGAUUGUCUCGAGGCAGAAGCAAAGGGACGAUGCUUGGGGAGAUGACUGACUGACAUUAUUAGCCGUACUGUUCGGUUUUCCCGAGUUUUAUGGCUUUACCAUUUGUGUGUGCUUAUUGGUUACAAGCCUCAGGUCUUAUUACACUUGAGUUGAUUAUUAUUUCAUUAAGGCAAAUGAUUGUAAUGUUUCUGUGUGUUGAAUUGAAUAGUCUGGAAAUUGGUUAGUGGCAUCAGCAACACCAAGUCUUGAUAUAUGCAUUGUUGUCCCAAAAAAAAUCGUAAUUGAUUGAUCUGCUUUACA